AUGGCAUCACCUGUAUCUCAAUUUGAGGUUGAUGAUAUACAAGUCCGGUAUCACCCCAACAGCGGGUGUCCUACACAAGUUUACCACUUCGAAGAUUAUAGAUGUGGCCCUGGUGCCCCAGCAGCACCUCCAAAAGUUGAUCCUGAGCCCUGGUGUCCAUUUCGCACUCGUAUUGACUUUGAAGUGGCCGAACUUGCCCAUGAAGCUGCGCUAACUCAUGAGCAGACAGACCGGUUCAUCAAACUCAUUCACCGCAGUAGAUGCGAGUUGUUUAUGCUUUGGAAUCGUAAAGACGUGCAAGACAUGUGGGAUGCAGCCUCGUUCAAACUGACUCCUUUUACGAAGGAAGAGGUUGUCGUGCCCUUCCGAGGUGUUGAUCAGACCUUUCCAUUUUUUCAUCACUCACUAUGGGACUGGGCAGUGGACCUACUUCAAGAUCCUGAAGUUGGUCCACAUUUCAUUUUCGAUGCCCAACAGCUUUCAAAGUUCGAUGGCAAAAAAUUCGUUCGGUAUAUUCAUGAGCCUUGGACUGCUAAUACCUUCUGGGAACAUCAAUCGAAGAUACCAUCAGAUGGCAAACCGCUUGCAUUUGUUCUCUACGCAGACAAAGCCAAAUUGUCAUCCUUUGGUCAUGCAAAAGGUUAUCCGAUAGUUGUGUGGUGUGCUAAUCUUCCUGCUGCUGUUCGUAAUGUUGUAGGUUGGUUACCCAUUGUAAAAGAAGACAAGAAACAUUUCAAAAAACCGGCCUUCGUCAAUUUCAAAAAUGCGGUAUGGCAUACAUUGUUUUUGAUGCUGCUUGCUUGUCUCGCGCCGCUAUCGAAGCUUGGAUCUCCUGUUAAAUGUUGGGACGAUGUUGUCCGCACUUUCUAUCCAAUAAUACUGAUACUAUCUGCAGACUACGAAGAGCAAGUCGUGAUGGCGUUGAUUCGUGGACUCAUGGGAAAGUUUCCUUGCCCUGUCUGCCUCAUUCCUCGUGAGGAGCUCUCCAAGGGAUCAAGCACUAUCGGCUUCGCUCAUCUGGAGAUGCAAAGGCAUUACGUAUUGAGCUCCGAGAGCCUCCGUGAUGUCAAUAGUGCAUUUGACACCAUGGAGCACACUGUUGUCUACCGAGCUUUAUCGUUUGACAAACUUCAUUUUAACGAUGAGGGAAAGUUUGAUCACCUGUGGACGGAAUUGCAAAAAUGGAUCACCAAUUCUGGUCAGCAAGCUGCAGUCUUCGAAUCGUUUCCACGUUGGCGAAAUUUGAAUCAUUUUGACCAGGUGGUAUCAAUAUCCUUUGCUUAUGGAACAAAAUACGAGGAUAUAUCGAAGCUGAUUGUGUUCGCUGCCCAUAAUGUAUUCAAACGUGAUCUGGACCCACAGGCUUACCUUCUGCUUCAUUGUAUUCGGAGUUACGUGGAAUUCAACAUGUAUGCAUCGCUUGAGGUCCAUACCGAGGAUACGAUCAGGGAUGGCCAAAAUACAUUGUCGGAACUUACUGAACUUAUGGAUGUAUAUACAGCAGACCUCUCAGAGAAGUCAUGGAACUUUCCCAAGAUGCAUCUUUCCGCUCAUGUCUUUGACGACAUCGAGGCAAAGGGCGUCACUCGAAACUACAAUACGAAGCCGAAUGAGAAAAUGCACGGCCCACUGAAGGACGCUUAUCAAGAUCGCACAAACUUCAAGAAUUUCGCAGAACAGAUUCUUCAAUACAACCAUGAUAGCUUAGUUGUGGAAUACAUUCGUAGCAAGAUGGAGUGCCUUGAUGCACAGAAUCUCGGUUCAUCAAUCGUGCCUGAUCCAUUGGAGGCUGAUUUGGAUGGGCUCAAAUCAACUGAACCAACUGACAUAACUGAGUUCAGAUUCAUCAAAGUCAGCUACGAGUCACUCGCAGAAUCUGGUCCCAUCUUUGCCAAACUGUUGUUAGUCUUCACCUGCAUAGUUUGGGAUGUCAAUUAUCCUAUUGCACUCACACUCCCAUACGAUCAACCAGUGGGCACUCGACUGCGGAAGGAUAAAGACUUCAAAUUUUGGCGAGUCAAGGCGAAGCCCAGAGCCUCUGCUGAGUGCUUUUCGGUCCAGUUAAUAAUCCGCGGUUGUGUGUUGGCAGAGGAUAGUUCGAGAGUGAAUGAGUUCUUGGUUGUUAAUAUGACCAACACAGAUAUAUUCCUUCGAAUGAAGGAAAUUCGUGCAGAGGCUGGUUAUUAA